GACGAGCAGUGUGAAGAAGAAAAGUCUGUGGAAAAGCGCACGAGUGCUGGAAAAAGCAAAUCCUGGUAGCCGUUUCGUGAAGUGGAAAAACACCCCUUUUCCAGUAUAGCAACGGCUCAUUUAUACACCAAUAAUAAUUGGCGCAGGUGAAUGUGUGUAAAUAGGCGUUUUAAAAAGAGCGUUACAGUGUGUAAAACAAAGCGAAAGUGAAAGUGCAAACAACAAAAAACGAUAGAAAUCAAAACGAGAGCUGUGAAGAGAACGAGAGACUUCUGCAGGACGCGAUGACAAACUCGCAGAAUCGUAACGGGCGAAAUGCUGGCAGCGGUAACCAUGCCGAGCGAUACUUCCACAACCACAGCCCGCAGCAGCUGAGCCCGUCGGCACAGCAGCUGCACCACGGUGGUAACAAUGGAAGCACCAGUAAGCAGCAGCAGCAGCGUGGUGGCAACAAUGGAGGAAACGGAGGAGCAGGAGGAAACCGCAGUCAGCGGUCACCGAGCGCGAAUUACUUCCGCAGUAUUUACUCCUCCUCCAACACAAUACCGAUAGUACAACAGCAGCAGCAGCAAAGGCAGCCAUCGUACUCCCCUACCGGUGGGCGAGCAGCAGGAGGCAGUGGUGGUGGUCGCCAUAGCAACAACAGCAGCAGCAGCAGCUCAAACAGCUUUAAUCAACGCUCCAGUCCGAGCAAUCACAGUGGUGGCAGCUUCCCGACGACGAUGAUGUCCUCACCGAUGGGGGCUGGUGCUGGGCCUGUAUCAGGUUCGCCGCCCAACUUUUCCCACUUUGCCGGCAGCAAGUGCUACGAUGCUCCCGCACCCACCGCGCUGCCGAAGCCACCCGUACACUGGACAAAUGUUGGUGGCGGUACCAACAGCAGCAGCAGUAGCGUUAGCAGUUCCUUCUCGUCAAUGAUGAAGAUGGCGGGCGGUUCGUCCGUCCCGUCCACGGUGGCCGGUAACGGCAGCAACAAAAAGGGGGCGGCAGGUUCCUCCUCCACCAACGGGGCACUACAAAAGCAGCAGCAGUAUCAUCCGCAGCAACCGCGGCUCCGAACGAAGGCGAUGAAGUCGUGUGCAUCCGCAGCGGCCAAGGCAAGCAAUCGUCAUGCCGCCGCCUUCACGCACAACCUGAAAACGAUUCUCAACGUGCAGGCUUAACAACCCGCAACCGUAUGUGGCAGCAAUAGCAGUAGCAGCGAUAGUGUUGAGUAUGUGAAUACAACGACGACGACGACGAUGACGGUUAGAAAAAGUGAAAAAGUUAUGGUAAUGGCGAGCGUUUCACCAAAAGUUGGAAGUACCGACAUGCAGCAAACGAGCACAGCACGACGAGAAGAUGGCGAGCCAAGAGCAAGCCAACGGAAGCGAAAUCGACGGAAGAAAACUAAGCAGCAACAACAGCAUCAACAUUGAAGUUUGUGUUAAGGAUGUCAAUGACAAAAGUAGCAGAAGCGAAGCGAGGGUACGUACGGACGAGAAAGAAUCUGCCAAGUCCAGGGCACACCUCGAUCGGAAACAGAAGAGUGUGCACAUUCGGGGAAAGAAGUAGAAGCCACUACGAGAUGGGUAAUGUCAAACUGCAGGGUGAACAAAUAUGCAAACAUGGAGACAGUGCUGUUGAAAUCCAACGUCCGAUGACCCUAGUCACCACACACCGGAUCUUCAGUUGUGUAGAACGAGGAAUAGGGACGUGUGGUUCAAAACCUCCAUGACAACAUCCAAUCCUACCAAAAAGUCAGCUGCGUUCAUCGGCGUGUCGUUGUGAGAAAAGGGUCUCUCACAAAUCCUGUUUUGCCCCCUAAGUUAUGUUGAAGACCCGUCUCUUGGAAGAGUGUAAAGAAACCCGUUUGCUUUAAAGGGAUCCUGAGAUCCUGUAAAGUUUUGGUAUACCUGGACAGCUCUUGCUCUUUUCGAGUUUGCCUUCGUGACGUUUCUCGCUACAAAUUGACCGGCGUAUGUUGAUGCGCCAAGUAGGAAAGCAAAUGAAAGACGAUUUUACCUACCAUUGGCAUGCUGCUGCUCGUACGACGUUUGUCGCACUUGUCUAUAGUUGUUGAAUCGUGGUGUGUCGCCUUCCGCAAUGUUUGGUCGAUAUGAUCAUCUGCCGCCCGUAGCAGCACGAUCUCUGAAUCGUCUUCACCAUCCGUAGUAGUUCGCAGCGAGAGCUGUUUGCAUGCUGUGAAUGCUGCCAAUGUCUUGCGCCCAAAGCCAGCAGAGCAGAGAGGAGAAUCAUCGGCAGCCGCGCGUUGAAAGGAGAACAAACAGAUAGAGAUCGAGGCAGGAGGAGGAACAAGGAAGGAGUAGUCUUACGUGUAUGUAUGUAAAGGAAUACUUAUGACUAUAUGAUUUUUUUUUCGUUUCGAAUGUUCUGAUUACGGUAUAUAAAGUAUCGAGUUUCAAUACUUUUACUUUGAACGAUCCAUUACACGAUGUGAACGGACGUGACGAUAAUUAUAUAUGACAGAACAGGAGACCAUAGAGAUACAAAAAAAACCACUAGCAGUGAGAGAUGGAGAGAAAGCAGCGUCUGUGUCUCGCAACCAGGAUAGGAUAACAGUUGUCAAAAUUUUAAGUACGCGAAAAGGAAUAGGGACCUGCGUCUCUAUAGGAAGAGAGUAGUUUUGGAGUAACAUUAGGCCACGCAGAUGGGGCCCACCUAGCUACCGUGGGCCCGCGCUAGUUGGUGAAAGGGGAUAUGAUAUGGUGCAUUUUGGGCCAGAAAGAUGGAAUCUUUCCUAUAUGGCCAGCAGCGUAACGAGAGAAGGGCGCGAUGGUUUAUGAAAAUAUUCAAGUUUAUAGUCCCGGUGGGUGCCGUGUACAGAGCAAAGGUCACACAGCAUCCAAGUUCUGGUAGGAGAUACGAUCGUGUGUGCGUGUGUGGUGAUGAGGCUGGAUGUUUGUUUCCUUGUUUGGCGACUGUGAGGUGGUGGGCUUCAUCAUCACCCUCACUAUAUGCGAAGAAGCGUCGACUUUUCCAUCGCUCCUUAUUGCCAUACUGUUACACUCAACCUAAGGAAAGGGAGAGCGCGCUGCCUAAUUCGUUUUGUCCAACGCGUAUGG